AAGAAGAGAAGAUAGAUAAAUAAAUAAAUAAAUAAAUAACUAAAUAACUAAAUAAAUAAAUAAAUAACUAAAUGAAUAGAUAGACAGACAGAUAAAGAAAGAGAAAGAGAAAAAGAAAAAGAGGAUGAGCUGCUAACAAAGAAGAAGGUAGGGGAGCAAGUGAGGAAGAUAACGAGAUAAGAUCGUUCCCUCGGCAUGAAGAUAUCCGACGAGACCGCGAUAAGGCCGAUUCCACGGGGUGGUGGAAAAUACGAAUCUACCGUGUUGUCUUGAGAUCUUUUCCUCGUCGGUUCAACGUGCGCUUGCUUGAGAGAGAGGUGGACGAGAGGCAGACAGAGAGAGAGAGAGAGAGAGAGAGAGAAAGAGACAGAAGAAAAACAAAAAGAAGGAGAAGAAAAUAGAGGGAGAAGAAGAGGAAGAGAAAGAGGAAGGAACAAAUGACUAGCUUAACCAUUGCGGCGAGCAUGAUGCCUCUGUCAAGGGCAAAUCCGUAUGGAACGGCGGCGGACACGAUAUCGACGCAGACGUGCAACAUAGCGACGAACGAGAGCAAUCACCUGCCACCGUUAAAGUCAACGUCGGCGGCAGUAGUGAUGAUGGCAGCGGCUUUCGACAACUUGAAGCAGAGCGAAUCGUCGCCGCCGCGACACGUCGCGCACGCGACCAUCGGUCACGUGGUUGGCGGUGGUGCCAGCGGAGGAGGAGGAGGAGGAGGAGGAGGAGGAGGAGGAGGAGGAGGAGCCGGUGUCGGUGGCGGAGGAGCAUCCACGCACCUGCCCAGCCUUGCGUCAAGCGCUAACAACAGCCUGCAAAAUCUCUCCGGGAACUCGGACAGCCUAAAUCUCAGUUUGAGCUCGCACGCGAGUCACAAUUCGCAUUCCCAGCCAAACUCGCAGUCGAGCAGUCCGAUGGUGAAGAACGGUAGAUCGGAUGGCAGUUCGAGCGGUGGCGGCGGCGGUGUCGGUGGCGGUGGCGGCGGUGGCGGUGGAGGCGGUGGCGGUGGUGGCGGUGGCGGUGGUGGUACGGGUGGAGCCGUCGUUUGCACCAACGACGGAAGGCCCGGCACCGCGUCCGGGGCCAGCGCAAGCCCCAGUACCGUUCUUCUUCCUGAAAAACGCAUGUCGAUGAGGCUCCUACCGGAUACCGUAAUGAGGUUCUACAUGAACAAACUCACGCCGUACGAGCACCACGAGAUAUUCAAUUACGAAUAUAUUUAUUUCAUCGGGGCGAACGCCAAGAAACGACCCGGCAUCAUCGGACGGCGUAACAAUCACGAGUACGACAACGAUCAAGGCUCUUAUAUACACGUACCGCACGAUCACGUGGCGUACAGGUACGAGGUCCUCAAGGUAAUCGGCAAGGGUUCCUUCGGUCAGGUCGUUAAGGUAUAUGAUCAUAAGAACCACGAGCACGUUGCCCUCAAAAUGAUUAGGAACGAGAAAAGGUUCCAUCGGCAGGCGCAAGAGGAAAUCGAGAUACUGAAGAAGCUGAGGGAACAGGACAAACACGAUAGGAUGAACAUCAUUCAUAUGUUCGAAGCGUUCACCUUUCGUUGUCACACAUGUAUAACCUUCGAGCUACUCAGUAUUAAUCUAUACGAGCUCAUCAAGAAGAACAGGUUUCGGGGCUUUAGUCUUCAGCUCGUCAGAAAAUUUUCGUAUUCCCUUCUUCUAUGCCUCGACGCACUGAACAAGAACAAAAUCAUACAUUGCGAUAUGAAGCCGGAGAACGUUCUUCUAAAGCAGCAAGGACGGAGUGGUAUCAAGGUGAUAGACUUCGGCUCGAGUUGCUACGAGAACCGGCGCGUCUACACGUAUAUACAAAGCCGCUUCUACCGGGCCCCGGAGGUGAUCCUUGGCGCUGGAUACGGCAUGCCGAUCGACAUGUGGAGUCUAGGCUGCAUUCUCGCGGAACUAUUCACUGGGAUCCCGCUGUUGCCGGGUGAAGAUGAGGCGGAUCAACUGGCGUGCAUAAUCGAACUUCUAGGUAUGCCGCCAGCCUACUUGCUAGAAAAUGCAAAGCGCCGUCGAAAUUUCAUCAGUUCGAAAGGUUAUCCGAGGUACUGUACGGUGACGACGCUGUCAGACGGUACAGCGCGUUUCGGUGGUGGCCUAUCGAGGAGAGGAAAACUCCGUGGGCCACCAGGUUCGAGAGAAUGGAAACGGGCAUUGAAAGGCUGUGACGAUCUCAUGUUCAUCGAUUUCAUAAGGGGUUGCCUCGAGUGGGAUCCGAAACUAAGGAUGACACCCAGGACGGCACUCAGGCAUGCUUGGCUACGACGUAGAUUACCGAAGCCACCCUCGGAAAAGAUCAACGACGAUUACUUUCCUCCACCACGAACGUCCGUUACUGGUUUGAGAACGCCAGCCUCUUCCGGUAGCAAGACCACCACCACGGUUACCACCACUACCAUCAACACCACAGCCAUAAAUACGGCCACUACCACGACUACUACUGCCGUCGCUGCUGUAGCGGCCACUGCUAGGAGCAAUACCCUUCAGUCGACGAACGUCAACGCUGCAGCGACCAGAAACAAAGUGCGACAAAAACCGCAGCCUCAACAGCAGCAGCAACAGCAACAGCAACAGCAACAACAACAAUUGAAUGAUUUCUAUUGUCGCAGAUCGACUAUACACUCGAGGCAUCCCCAGUCGGGUAUUUUUGGCAAUACGACGUCCGUUCAAACUACGGUUCAUGCAAUCUCCUCGAAUCAUCAGCCGAGUCUUAGCAGUCAUCAGUCCUUGAAUUCGGUCGGUACUGCUGGAUCUCAACAGCAACAACACGCUGCCAGUCAUCAAUUGCAACAGCAGCAGCAACAUCAAAGCAACGGAUCGUCGCAUGGAUCAUCUUCUCAUGGAUCUUCCUCCCAUGGAUCCUCUUCUCACGACAGCCAUAGUUCGCACGGUCCUUCGAGUGCUUUGAGUCGCGUGAUAUUAAGUAAAGAGUUCAUCGAGGAACUCAGACGAUACGCCGAAAUAUGAGGACGUCGGCUCACACGUGUGCCACUGCCGUCAUGCUCGUUAAUAACUUCGGGUAGGGUUGACCUUGGAAACCGUGCGCAGACGGUAACGUUGACGUCAAGGUGAACGAGGAAGGGUCGUGAAAUCGAAAGGUUAACGAUCCUUCCAAGCUUUGCCAGAAUACAAACACUUUGUGCGAUGAAUGACCUCGCCCUAUACGUUCUAAGCGAGUGUCUACAGAGAUAAGUGAUUACGAGAGAGAUUGACCUACAUUCGAACCUUUUUAGACCUAUUUCGUUUCUUUUAUUAUCAUUACUUUUAUUUUUUUAUUUUUUUAUUUCUUUUUUUUUUCUUUUUUUUUGUUAAUUCGAUCCGUAGGAAAUUGGUCUUCAACCGGAUGUGUAAUAACGCUGCAUUUUAUCGAUGUCGUAAUUCGAUUUUUAAUUGUGACGCUGAAUUCAUCGUAUCGUUAAGGCACAAAAUUUAAUUUUAAUAGAUGUAUAAAUACGUGAUAUUCGUCGGAGUGACUAGUCUAUCCCUAGCUCUUAUCCACGAAAGCACGACUCUCUUUCUCUUUUUAGCAUCGUAUCGUAUGCUAGUGCUCAGUUUUCUUUUGUUCAGUCGCCGAACGUUUGCUCCUGCUGUCAUUGUUGGAUCCUUUGUAAAGAUUGUUAUUCACUAGCUGGAAGGCCGCCGUAGGCGCAUAAAUACAUGCAUACGCAUUGCCGUGGUGAAUUGGUAUCGUGCGAAACCUCAUUUGUAUCGACAUUUAUUACAUUGUCUUGACUUUGAGGUUAUUGUGCCAGGGAAGUCGGGGAAUGCGAAGGGUUCGCAAGCGUGUAUAACAUCGUCGAUGAAUCGAUCGGGUAGACUCGAUUGAAAGGGUUUCUAACACUGUGAAUGUAUAGUAAAGCAAAUUGUACAAUGAAUUUCUUCUGGCGUGUAUCAUUAAAUCUGACUGGUUAAAUUUGUGUCAGGAGAAAUACUCAUCUGAAUUAAAUUCUACAAUAUUCUGUAUCAUUUAACUGUCUUCUUUAAGGAAUCUCGCGUGACGGGUAUCAUAAAGAAGGUUAAAUUUUCCCAUGAAACUUCAACUUUUUUACCUAUCGAUCGGAGACACUUGACCUUUUUAAUUUGCAUAUCGGAGAAUAUCAUUGAACACGAGGAAAAGUUAGAAGCAUUUCCCUUUGAGUAUUUUUCAAUCGACAAUAUAUAAUUGUGUAUAUUGUAUUGUAGAUAUAGCUAUAUAUUUAUAUUAUAUAUUUAUAAUAUAUUGGCGAAAGAAAAUUAUGAAAAUAUGAGAGUUUUUAACGAUAUAUAUAAUUUAUUUGUACAAAUGUAAGAGAAAGUCGUAUGCGUGUUAUAUUACAUAAUUUUCACAAGAAAUUAUUUUUCACGAAAAUUUUAUUGAAUUUUCGAAUUUUUUAAUAAACUUCUUUAUUUUUAUCGAGCACAUCGAGAUAAGUAGUCACGUUCGAGGUGCUUUUUAAAUGAUUAUUCGCGCGUAACAAGUGAGCCAUUUUAUAACCAUAUAAUCGAACGAGAGCUCAAUUCAUAUUCAAUAUUUAUUAUACGUAUACAUGUUGCACGAGUAAAAGCGAUGAACGAAUAUUCAUCGCGACAUGUUUGUAAAUUAUAAAUGCUCGAGUGCACGUAUACAUAUACACAUUGAGUCGAUUUCAUUCUCGCCCUUGUAUUACCAGUUGUACACGCUUCCGCUUAACAAAACGUAUAGGUGAUGAUUAAUUAAAAGCGAAAAAUUAUUCUCAAAGACUUUGAAAAUGCGAUACAAACGAUAAUUAACGCAUCGGCGUUAAUGGAAAAUAAAAAAAAAAGAAAGAAAGUCGUAAAAACGUGUUCCAUACAUCUUUUUCUUGAUAAUACUCGUUCAUGAAAAAAUAUUUAAAAAAAAAAAAAAAGAAAAAAAAAGAAAAAAGAAUAGAAAAAAAAAGAACAGAAACGUUUCGACGAUACCAUUCAGCAGGUUCAAUCGAAAAGCUUUGUUCGUGAUUGAAAAAUCAUUUUGUUGGCAAUAUUUUUUUUUUUCCUAAUUAUCUUUGACGAUUUGAUACGAUGUUGUAUUACGUCUGAAAUUCAUCGAAAUUAUUUGCUUUUUGACGUUCCUCUUGGUGAAAUGUAGAUCAAGCGUAUUCUGAUAAUAUUUAUAAUAACAUCGUCGGAAUGAAUGCUUUCAAAGAGUUAUUUUGUAUGAUUAGCAAUGACAGCAACGAGCAACGAGGCAAUCAAAGAAACGGAGUGAUAUUCGGUUGUCGAAAGUUGAUACCGAACAGGAUAACGUUAUGUGAUAUGGAAUUUAAGCCGUACUGUCAUUUAUAUUGGUAAAGAAGAUACACACACAUAUAUAUAUACACGCAUAUAUAUGAGUUGUAUGUAUAUAUAUAUAUUAUCAGAUAAAAAAAGAAAUAAAAAUAUAAGUUAUAUCGCGCUGUAACGCUAAUUAUAAAAAGCCGCAAAAAUUUAAUAAGGUAUUAUUAUGUGCAUAUAUAGCGAGAAAGAGUAGAAAGCUGCCAUCGUGGUUACGAGAAGAAUAUAUAAAAUGUGGUGUUCGUAAAAUGUU